CAGGCGACGCGGCGCCUGUGAGCAGCGCGCGGCGGCGGCGGGGACCUCGGCGCGGGCGAGAGCCGAGCGGCCGGGGGCUCCCCUCCCCCGCUGCCGGGCCGUGAUUUGCCGGGCCUGCUGCGCCCCCCGCCCACCCCUCGCCUCAGCCGCCGCCUCGCCGCUUCCCCUCGUCGGAGCGGCCGCUCGUCCGCCCGCCCGCUCGAGGCCCGCGGGGAGCGCGGCGCAGUCCGUCGGCCCGCGGGGGGGCGGCCUCCCGGCAUCUUCGCGGCGACCAAGGACGACCGGGGGAGGAAGCGGCCGGGAUGGCGCGUCCGCGGCCCCGCGAGUACAAGGCGGGCGACCUGGUCUUCGCCAAGAUGAAGGGCUACCCGCACUGGCCGGCCCGGAUUGAUGAACUCCCAGAGGGAGCUGUGAAGCCUCCAGCAAACAAAUAUCCUAUCUUCUUUUUUGGCACCCAUGAAACUGCAUUUUUAGGUCCCAAAGACCUUUUUCCGUAUAAGGAAUACAAAGACAAGUUUGGAAAGUCAAACAAACGGAAAGGAUUUAAUGAAGGAUUGUGGGAAAUAGAGAAUAACCCAGGAGUGAAGUUCACUGGAUACCAGGCAAUUCAGCAACAGAGCUCCUCGGAAACGGAGGGAGAAGGUGGAAAUACUGCAGAUGCGAGCAGUGAGGAGGAAGGGGAUAGAGUGGAAGAGGAUGGAAAAGGCAAAAGAAAGAAUGAAAAAGCGGGCUCUAAACGGAAAAAGUCCUACACUUCGAAGAAAUCCUCUAAACAGUCCCGGAAGUCUCCAGGAGAUGAAGACGACAAGGACUGCAAAGAAGAGGAGAACAAAAGCAGCUCCGAGGGUGGAGACGCCGGCAACGACACAAGAAACACAACUUCAGACUUGCAGAAAACCAGUGAAGGGACCUAACUACCAUAAUGAAUGCUGCAUAUUAAGAGAAACCACAAGAAGGUUAUACAUUUGGUUGUCUAAUAAUCUUGGAUUUGAUAUGAACCAACACAUACUCCUUGUUGUCAUUGACAGAACCCCAGUUUGUAUGUACAUUAUUCACACUCCUCUCUGUUGUGUUUGGGGGAAAAAAAAGACAUUUUAGCCUUUUUUAAGGUUAUUUAAUUUCAUGUUAUUUGGUUGCAUGAAGUUGCCCUUAACCACUAAGGAUUAUCGAGAUUUUUGCACAAACUUCUACAUGUCUAGGAUCCUUUUAUCAAGGCGGCUGUGUUCAUCAUUCUCCUGCCUUGACUCCACUAUCACCAGAGGCUCAGUUAAAGAUAAAUUAGCAUUUUCUUAAAACGACCACUCCACAUAAUGCUUAAGGGAUUUCUUCUCUGUGACAGAACCCAGGAACCAGUUCCUAAACACAUAACGUUGGCAUAUUGAAGAUAAAAUUGAAAUUGUCCUUCAGUUUUGAGGCCAUGUGUAAAGUUUAACCAUAUUGUAAAAUAUCUAUUCCGUAUUAGAAAUAGCUAGUCAACAGCUUAUACUUCUCAAAACUCAUACUGUUAUGUACACAAACUCAGUUUUUAUAUGUGAAGUUAGUGAGUCCUUUUGUGUUAUUCCAAAAUAAAGGCAAUGAUUUAUUUUUUCCCAAUGCCAAUACAAUUUGAGCUAAUCACUCAAGGUGGAUACUUUACAUUUUAAAGCUGGAAUCAGCAGUAGCCCUAUGGGAAACCGACAAAGCAUUGACUUUUAAAUGAACCAUUGUUUUCUUUUGGAGCUAGAAUUAGAAUAGUUGAUACUCAUCCACAAACCAUUAUUAUGUGUACAUUAUUGUUGCUAUUGUGAUAAUAGAGAAUUUUAUUUAUUUUUAUGCCAGCUUAUAUUGUGAGAGCUCAUUUAGUCAAUUUGGGUUUUAUCAAUCCUGUUAUGCUUGUCCUUGGACCAUCUUUCGCGUAUUCGAGGUUUGUAGUUGAAAAGUUUACUGUAAAAAAAAAAAUCAAAAACAAAAAAAUGUAUUGUUUUUACAGAAUAAAUUUAUUGGAAUGUG